UUCAUGGAAGUUCCUCUGCGCUGAAAUCCUGGGACGAAGCCCGGAGAGGGCAUCAGGGGGACCGGCUACAAUUCUACACAGCACCGCGGGGACUCCCGGACCUGGAAACAUGCCUCUACGUUUGGACAUCAAGCGAAAGCUGACUGCCCGGUCGGAUCGGGUGAAGAGUGCUGACCUGCACCCCACCGAGCCGUGGAUGGUGGUCAGCCUGUACAGCGGCACCGUGGUGGUCUGGAACUAUGAGUCCCAGACAAUCGUCAAAACCUUCGAGCUGUGCGAUCUGCCGGUCAGAGUGGUUCGGUUCAUUGCCAGGAAGCACUGGCUCAUUGCUGGAGCAGAUGACAUGCAGAUCCGAGUGUUCAACUACAACACUCUGGAGAGAGUUUACUUGUUCGAGGCUCACUCCGACUACAUCCGCUGCAUCGCCGUCCACCCCACGCAGCCCUACAUCCUCACCAGCAGCGAUGACAUGCUGAUCAAGCUGUGGGACUGGGACAAAAAGUGGAUUUGCAGUCAGGUGUUUGAGGGACACACUCAUUACGUCAUGCAGAUCGUCAUCAACCCCAAAGACAACAACCAGUUUGCCAGUGCAUCUUUGGACAGGACCAUUAAGGUGUGGCAGCUCGGCUCCAAGACCCCCAACUUCACUCUGGAGGGCCACGAGAAGGGAGUGAACUGUAUCGAUUAUUACAGCGGAGGAGACAAGCCCUACCUCAUAUCAGGGGCCGAUGAUCGCCUGGUGAAGAUCUGGGAUUACCAGAACAAAACCUGCGUCCAGACCUUGGAGGGCCACGCUCAGAACGUGACCUGCGUCAGCUUCCACCCCGAGCUGCCCAUCAUCCUCACCGGCUCCGAGGACGGCACUGUGCGAGUGUGGCAUUCCAACACCUACCGGCUGGAAAACACACUCAACUACGGCAUGGAGCGGGCGUGGUGCAUCUGCGGUCUGCAGGGCUCCAACAACGUGGCUAUCGGCUACGAUGAAGGCAGCAUCAUCAUCAAGCUGGGCCGAGAGGAGCCGGCCAUGUCCAUGGACUCCAGCGGGAAGAUCAUGUGGGCUCGCCACUCCGAGGUGCAGCAGGCCAACCUGAAGGCCAUGGGAGACACCGAGGUCAUGGACGGGGAGAGGCUCCCGCUGGGCGUCAAAGACAUGGGGAGCUGCGAGAUUUACCCGCAGAGUAUCCAGCACAGCCCCAACGGGAGGUUUGUGGUGGUGUGUGGAGAUGGGGAAUACAUCAUAUACACCGCCAUGGCGUUGAGGAACAAGAGCUUCGGUGCUGCUCAGGAGUUUGUCUGGGCGCAUGACUCCUCACAGUAUGCCACCAGGGAAGGCAGCAGCAUGGUGAAAAUAUUCAAGAACUUCAAACAGAAGAAAGCCUUCAAGCCUGACUUUGGGGCCGAGGGAAUCUUUGGAGGCUUCUUACUGGGAGUGAAGUCAAACAGCGGCUUGGCCUUCUUCGACUGGGAGAACAACGAGCUGAUCCGCCGCAUCGAGAUCCAACCGAAACACAUUUUCUGGUCCGACUCCGGGGAACUGGUGAGCAUCGCCACAGACGAGUCUUUUUUUGUGCUGCGUUACCUGCCGGAGCGAGUGUUGGCCGCCCAGGAAGCCAAGGAGGCGAUGGCUGAAGACGGGAUCGAGGACGCGUUUGAGGUGCUCGGGGAGGUGCAGGAGGUGGUGAAGACGGGGCUGUGGGUGGGAGACUGCUUCAUCUACACCAGCUCCCUCAACAGACUCAACUACUACGUCGGAGGAGAGAUCAUCACCAUCGCUCACAUGGACAGGACCAUGUAUCUGCUGGGCUACAUCCCAAAGGACGACCGCCUGUACCUGGGAGACAAGGAGCUGAAUAUCAUCAGCUACUCUCUUCUGCUCUCCAUGCUGGAGUACCAGACGGCCGUCAUGAGGAAAGACUUCAGCACGGCCGAUAAAGUUCUACCCACAAUCCCCAAGGAGCAGAGGACCAGGGUGGCGCUUUUCCUGGAGAAACAGGGCUUCAGGCAGCAGGCCCUGGCUGUGUCCACCGACCCGGAGCACAGGUUUGAACUGGCCCUGCAGCUGGGGGAGCUCAAGACGGCCUACCAACUGGCUCUGGAGGCAGAGUCGGAGCACAAAUGGAAGCAGCUGGCAGAGCUCGCCACUACAAAGUGCCAGUUUAGCUUGGCUCAGGAGUGCCUGCACCAAGCGCAGGAUUACGGCGGAUUACUGCUGCUGGCCACCACCUCGGGCAACGCGGCCAUGGUGGGGAAACUGGCCGAGGGCGCGGAGAGGGACGGGAAGACCAACGUGGCCUUCCUCACCUACUUCAUGCAGGGGAGAGUGGACAAGUGUCUGGAACUCCUGAUCAAAACAGAUCGACUGCCCGAGGCGGCUUUCCUGGCGAGGACGUACAUGCCCAGCCAGGUCCCCAGGGUGGUGAAGCUGUGGAAGGAGAGCCUCUCCAAGGUCAACCAGAAGGCGGCGGAUGCUCUGGCCGACCCCACCCAGUACAGCAACCUCUUCCCUGGCCUCCAGCAGGCUCUGCUGGCUGAGCAGUACCUGAAGGCGACGCACGCCGGGGUCCGGCCGGCCGCGGAAUACCCUCUCAUCACGCCAAAUGAAGAUCGGAAUGUUCUGGAGGAGAGUGCAGGUUUCACAGCAGAAGGAGUUCUCACCGAGCAGGAGGAGCUGGUGGACAGUGUGAGUGAAGCCCUGAGAACGGCGGCUGUUACAGACGCUGAACCUUCAGAAGCUGCCGUUGCAGAGGAAGCUGUUCCUCCUCAGCAGGACCUGUUUGACUCGGCCCUCACAGCAGUGACGGCAGCCUCCGUUCUGGAUGUGACUCCCCCAGAAGAGGCUGUGGAGCCACCAGAGAUUCAGUCUGUGUCUCCCGAGGUAGAAGCAGAACCAGAGACCUCAGCCUUGGUGGAGGACGACGCGGCGGACGAGCCCGUCGGUCAGCUUCCCGCCACAGAGCCAGAGAUUUCACCGUUCGUUCCUGAAGACGACAUCAGCCCAGACCGUGAGGAACCCUCUCCUGAAGCUCCAGCCACAGAAACCGCGGUGUCACCGGUAGACGCAGAGCGUGACGCGGGAGCCGUGGAGGAUGCGCUAGCUGAUGCUGUCAGCUCGAAGCUGAUCAUCGAUGCUGCAGCUGAAUCUGAACCAGCCGUCGAGGAAGAAGUGGAAACAGAUUUACUCUCCACGGAAGCCCCCCCGGUGACGGAGCCUCCGCCUUCAGAAGCAGAGCAGACUCCCCUCAGCCAAGAACUCGUUCCGGAAGCUGCACCUUCACAUGUCGCGGUGGAGGAGCUCAUCUCUUUCGAGUCCUCGGUGAUGGACGCUCCUGUUCCGGUCCAGACUCCCUCCGGGUCGGCCUUUGAUCCGCUGCUCGACCUCCUGGAAGUCCCGACGCAGCCAGCUCCGGCACAAGACGGCGAAGAGGAGAAGGCUCCCACGUUCACGCCUCCAGCGGAGCCCGAGGACAAGUCAGAGCCUCUGUUUGAACCUGAGGCGGAGCUCGAGGCGUCAUCCCCUGUAGUCACCCAGGAAGAGGGGGAUGCAGAGGAGGAGGAGGAGGAGGAGGAGGAGGCGGCAGCGCCACAGGAAUCCCAGGAAGCAGCAGAGGAGCUCGCGGCAGAGCUCAGCGACGAGGGCCUGGAUGAUUUGGAUCUGGACAAUUUCGACCUGGAAGACAUCGACACCACCGACGUCAACCUGGAUGACGAUUUCCUGGGUGAAUAGAAAGCAGCGUCUUUCUCAAGCCAGCGUUUCAGUGACCAAAUAACACAAAGCCAUUACUCCAGACGAGUCAGGAGACUAAAAUGCCUUUAAAUCACACCCCUUCUUUAAAUAGUAAUGAACAAGCAGGGGCUUUUAAAGCUUUAUUUAUACCCAGGCUGCCUAAUAGGAUGUCUUUGAUUUGAGGCUGGACACAAGCACAAGCUAAACCCCUCUUUUUCAAAACCUUUCAAGGGUAAAAGGGACAAAACUGUUAAAGGGCAAUUAGGGAUCACUCUCAUUGGGGACCUCGUUCUGUUUUUAAGUGUCUUAUUUCUAAAUAUAUAAAGCUUUCGGUGCUGAAGAUAAAACACGACCCUCAUUUCUGAGCUCAUCUGCAACCACAGAACUUCUCAAAUGCUCAUGAUGGACUGAGAUCGGACAGAGGUGGGCGUCGAGUUGCUAUUUUUUAGUUAAAAACUUUAGUGUAGAUCACUAUGAGCCAAUUUUUAUACACGUGGUGUAAAUAAUAAGCCGCAUUGAUGAACCUCAUCACAGUCAGUCGAACAAUUUAGUUUACAAAACAUGUUUACAUGAGUAGAACAGUCAUCGAAACGUCUCCUCGUACCUCUUCUUGUUCUUCAUACCUCUUACACUGCUGUUAUUGAAUUCAGUAUUUGAUACACUUCUAUGCAAUUGCUUGUGUAGUUUGCGUUCAAACAUGCUGAACAGGUUCAGGACCAGAAGGAUCAGUUUGAAGCCUCCAUUUUUGAACGAUGCAUCACCUCCGCUGUCUUCUGGGAUUGUUUCAGCAGUUCAUUGAAAGGGUCAGCACACUGUUCUAUUGUUGCUGUUACAAGUGCCUUUUCUUUGGUUUUUAAACUUUAUUUUUGCUCUUUUGUCUUUUCAAUUUUAAAAUAAUACAUGUUUCUGCGAAUUUGAGAGGGAAUUAUUUUUGUGCAAGUUGUAGAAACUUUGUCCUUGCUUCUUAUUAGUUGUUGCUUCCUAAACCUUUUUGCCCUGUAAAAAACAAACAUGCAAACAUUACCUUGGUACUGUCAUCGAUAUGACUUGGAUUUUUAACUUUACACUGCAAUAAAAUGACUGAA